UUAAUCCGUUAUUGACCACGUUCUUCUUAAAGGCCUUUCUCCUUCUACAAAACCUUUCUUUUCGUCUCCCUAAUUUCUCUCGUCUGUAGAACAGAAAAAAAACAAUAAUGUUACCCACUUCACUUCCUUCUCUCCACCAUCACACUACUAAUGUUUCUUCCACUCCCUCUCUCUCUCCAGUUGUAAAUUCUUCCUCUUUCUCUUCUUCUUCUUCCUCUUCUUCUUUCUCUCUUUCUUUCCAACAAUACUCUUCUCAGUCUCGCCGUCUCUUCUCCUUUAGUCCCAACACCAACAACCAUUUGAUGCGAAAUUCAAAACCCAAGGGGUUGAGAGUAUAUUGUUCCACAACUGAGCCAUUGAAGGUGAUGAUAUCAGGUGCUCCAGCUUCUGGGAAAGGAACACAGUGUGAACUAAUAGUGAAUAAGUUUGGAUUGGUACACAUAUCAACUGGUGAUCUACUAAGGGCUCAAGUAGCUGCUGGGACAGAUAUCGGAAAUAAAGCUAAAGAGUUCAUGAAUGCUGGCUGCCUGGUUCCCGAUGAAAUUGUGACUGCUAUGGUGACAUCACGAUUAUCUCGCGAGGAUGUGAAGCAAAAAGGAUGGCUUCUAGAUGGUUAUCCACGAAGUUUUUCCCAAGCAGAAAGUCUGGAAAAAUUGAAGAUCAGACCAGAUGUUUAUAUUGUUUUAGAUGUUCCUGAUGAAAUUCUGAUCGACAGAUGUGUUGGAAGAAGACUAGAUCCAGAGACAGGAAAGAUUUACCAUAUAAAAAACUUCCUUCCAGAAAAUGAGGAUAUCAAAGCAAGACUUAUAACCCGUCCAGAUGACACUGAGGAAAAAGUAAAGUCACGUCUUGAAAUAUACAAGCAGAAUGCAGAAGCAAUUUUAUCCACUUACUCAAAUAUCAUAAAGAAGAUUGAUGGAAGUCGCCCGAAAGAAGUAGUAUUUGAAGAAAUUGAUUCUUUGCUUUCUCAAGUGCAGAAAAAUAAAGUGAAAUCUGAAAAAUUAGUACCUGAAAGUCAGAGCAACUUUAAUCAGGCAUCAGUUCAGAAGGAUAAAUGGAGAGGAAUUCCUACUCGAUUAAACAAUAUUCCUCAUUCCAGAGAAAUCAGAAAUUAUUUCUAUGAUGAUGUUCUACAAGCCACACAGAGAGCUGUAAAUGAUGGUAGAUUGCGUUUAAAGGUUGAGAUUGCUAUUCCAGAGCUGAACCCAGAAAUGGAUGUUUAUCGAAUAGGUACCUUGAUGGAGCUUGUUCGAGUUCUUGCUCUGUCAUUUGCUGAUGACGGAAAACGUGUCAAGGUUUGUGUUCAAGGAUCUAUGGGGCAAGGUGCACUUGCUGGAAUGCCACUGCAACUUUCGGGUACUCGAAAGAUCUUGGAGUUUAUGGAUUGGGGUGAAUAUGGAGCUCUGGGAACCUUUAUCAAGAUUGGUUCUAUAGGUGCAAAAGAAGUUGAUAAAGAGGAUGACAUAUUCAUUUUAGUGGCACCUCAAAAUGCUGUAGGGAAUUGUAUUAUAGAUGAUUUAAAGGCCAUGACUGAUGCUGCUGGGAAUCGACCGGUCAUUCUUGUUAAUCCAAGGCUCAAGGAUUUACCUGGUUCAAGUGGCAUAAUGCAAACAAUGGGCCGGGACAAAAGACUGGAGUAUGCUGCUUCUUUUGAAAAUUGCUAUUGCUUUCGGCUUCUCUACUAUGCAGGGACCCAGUAUCCUAUAAUGGGAGCUCUCAGGUUUUCAUAUCCGUACCGUUACGAAUUAUAUAAGAGGGUGGAUCAACCUUCAGGUGGAGAAAAGUAUGAAGUCUUGUCAACAUUCAGUGAAAAGCCAAGCUCUGAUGAUAUAAAUGACGCCUUCUUGAGGAAACCAGGAAACCAAACUAAAAAAGCGUCAGGAUUUUGGGGCUUCUUGAGUAGUGUAUUUUGAGUUGAAAGGAAAACAGUAAGUAAAAUUUUAUGCAUGAUUAUCAAGUUUAAGGCUUUGUUUGGUAUAAAUAAAUUUCAUAAAUUUUGUAGAAAUUUCAUGUUUUUAUAUUUGAUAUAAAUGAGAAUAUAUUCAUUUCGCUUGUAAAAACUAAAUUUUAUAAAAUCUGACAAAAGUUCUAUGCUGGGUUUCAGGAA